GAAAGGAGAAUGACCUCCAGCCUCAUCUCAAUCUUGGGGAUCCUCAGCCUGGCUGCCCUGCUGAUCAAACAGAGAGCCUGGGCUAUGAAUGAUCACGUAAUCAACUCUGUGACAUUUGUUCAGACCCACAAACCAUCUGGGCAGUUUCUGCAUGAAUUUGAUGGGGAUGAGCAAUUCCACGUGGACCUUGACAGGAAGGAAAUAGUCUGGCGGCUUCCUGAGUUUGGCCACAUCUUCAGUUUCAGUGCACAGAUUGGGUUAGGCAACAUUGCCGUGGAUAUGGCUAACCUGAAUCACCUUAUCAGGCAAACCAAUCACACUCGGGCCACAGUUGUGGCUCCAGAGGUGACAGUAUUUCCCAAGGAGCCCGUGGAACCAGAAGAGCCCAAUCUGCUCAUCUGCCACAUUGAUAAGUUCUCACCCCCAGUGAUCAAUGUCACAUGGCUGCGCAAUGGACAGUCAGUCACCACAGGGAUAGCUGAGACUGUCUUCCUGCCUCGAGAUGACUAUUCUUUCCACAAGUUCCAUUACCUCACUUUCUUCCCCUCGAAUGAUGAUGUCUAUGACUGCGUGGUUGAACACUGGGGCCUGGAAAAGCCACUUUUCAAGCACUGGGAACCUGAGAUGCUCUCGCCACCAUCUGAGACAAUGGAGACACUUGUCUGUAUUCUAGGACUGAUUGUGGGCCUGGUGGGCAUCAUUGUGGGCAUUCCCCUCAUUAUCAGAGGCUUGUGCUUAGGCAAUGGGGCCCAACACCAUAGAUCCUGCACAUCUCACCUUCUGUAA